AUGAACAUUCAACUGCCCAGUAAUUGGGCCCAUACGGCGCAGACAUUUGCAGUUGCUUCCAUAAUUGUUGCAUUUGUUUCGCUGAUCCCAAAGAUUGAGCACCGAUUGAGGCUUUCGAAGAUACCGAAGUUGAUUGCUCUCACCGAUGGCUUACCAGAACAUACCUUCUUUGCACAAUAUGCUACGAAGUUAUACCGUCAGGGCUACGAAAAGUUCAAAGACUCAAUAUAUCGCGUUUCAAUAACUGGCGAACUUGAGUGCAUAUUAUUGCCUACUAAGUUUCUACCAGAGCUUAGGAAAAAGCCUGACGAUGUUCUGGAUAUUAUGAGCGGCGCACGUAAACUUUUCGAGGUCAAAUAUACAAAACACGAGGCUCUUGACCUUAACAUGAUUCACUGCAUAAAAGCUAACCUCACACCCGCACUAGGACGCUUGAAUCACGACAUUACUGAGGAAAUUGACAUUGCCUUUGAGAAAGAGUUACCGCCUUGCAAAGACUGGACCGAUGUAAAUGUUCACGACAAGAUAGCCAAUAUUGUAGCUCAGGUAUCUGGGCGUAUGUUUGUAGGACCGGAAGUAUGUCGAAAGCCAGAGUACAUUGAUCACGCGGUCAACUUCACCACCGACUUCAAUGAUGCGGUUUUUGCAGUCAAGUGCUGUAACCCCUGGCUUCGACCCUUUAUGACAUCGCGUCUUCCCGCAAUGCAACGCUUCAACGACAGAAUUCGACGCGCAAUAGAGUUCUUUACGCCUAUUAUCCUCUCAAGAAUGAAGCCCGAGAACAAGUCCGACGAUAUGAUGCAGUGGAUGUUGGACUAUACUCUGAGCACUGGCAAAAGCAACACCAUGUACGAACAUGUAAAGCGUCAGUUGGAUGUCACUUUUGCGGCUAUUCAUACAACCACUACGACGGUAGUAAACUGCUUGUAUACUCUCACCAGCAUGCCCGAAUACAUCGCGCCACUCCAGGAGGAGAUUCGCUCGGUGCGAGCCGCACAUGGUGGAGAAUUGAAUGCCCAAGCUCUGCAACAACUCGUCAAGCUCGACUCUGUUUUAAAGGAAAUCGGUCGCAUGUACCCUGUGACCGUUACGGCUUUCCAACACAUGGUCAUGAAACCCUUCACCCUAUCCAACGGCCAGCAAAUUCCCGCAGGCACCAUGAUCGAAAUCCCCCUGGAAGCGCUCAAUUACGACUCAAACGUGCAUACCAACGCCGACAAAUUUCAUGGUUUCAGAUACUACAGGGAGCGUCAAUCUGCCAAGGGAACCGAGGUAGCGCAGUCGCAAUUUGUGUCUGCCAACGAUCGGGACUUGUACUUUGGAUACGGCAGACAUGCUUGCCCGGGACGCUUUUUCGCCGCAAACGAGAUCAAGAUUAUCAUGGCACGGCUGCUCUUGGAUUAUGAGUUCAAGAUGCCUGGCGAUCAGACAAAGCGGUACGAACAGGUCAGCUAUGCCAAGUUCCUCACGCCGGAUACAUCGAAGACGUUGCUCAUGAAGCGUACAUCCUAG